UGAAGCAGUUGAAAAAGAAGAAGGAAACAAAUAACGGUAAUUUUAAUGCCAUACAAGGGCUGUUCAAUAAAUGAGAGGAAUUUGCAUUAGCAGAAACAUAUCAAACUCUUCAGGACUCAGUGUUGUGUCUCUUGCAUACUUUCCUAAUAUUCAAAGAUGGAGACCUCUGAUUUUAAUACAGAUAAUGGUACCCCACCUUCAAAAACAUGUAAAAUCCAGACUGAGAGAUCAGAUUCACCCAUACCCAGCCUUGUCUCCAUGAAGAGUGAUGUGUCUAUGAAGCAUCCUCCAGAACUGAAUGACACAGAUUUUUCCUGUGUAUCCAGUUUUCAGCAGACAUCAGGAGACAAAAAUGAAAAGAUCAUCAUCACUGAUACAAGCCCUGAUGCAAAAACUGCUAUAUAUGAAUUCCAGAAAAAGCUCAAAUUAAAUUUGCUGCAGAAGUUUCAGUGUUUGAAUGAUGUCAUAGUAAACCAGGAAAACCGAACACUCCUGAAUGAGACCUACACAGAGCUCUACAUCACAGAUAAAGAGAGUGAAGACGUCAAUAAAGAACAUGAGGUGAGACAGUUCAAGGCAGCAUCCAGGAAAAAAAUAACAAAGGAAACACCAAUCAAAUGCAAUGACAUCUUUAAGAUCAGAACUGUGCUGACAAAGGGAGUCGCUGGCAUCGGAAAAACAGUCUCUGUGCAGAAGUUCAUUUUGGAUUGGGCUGAAGGGAAAGCAAAUCACGACAUCCAACUCAUAUUUCCACUUCCUUUCAGACAGCUAAAUUUAAUGAAGGACCAGAAAUUGAGUCUGAUGGAGCUCCUUCGUGUCUGUUUUAAGGAAACAAAAGAAAUAGUAAUGUCCAGUUUGGAAAAGGUUCUGUUCAUUUUUGAUGGAUUGGAUGAGUGUCGUUUCCCUAUGGAUUUCCAGAACACAAUAGGAGUGUGUGAUGUAACUAAAUCAGUCACAGUGCCUGUGCUGCUGAUAAACCUAAUCAAAGGGAAUCUGCUUCCCUCUGCUCAAAUCUGGAUCACCUCCCGACCAGAAGCAGCUGAUCAAAUCCCCUCUGAGUGUGUUGAUCGAGUCACACAGGUACGAGGGUUCAGUGAUCCACAGAAGGAGGAGUACUUCAAGAAGAGGAUCAGUGAUCAGAGCCUGGCCAAUAACAUCAUCACACACCUGAAGUCAUUAAGAAGCCUUUACAUCAUGUGUCACAUUCCAGUCUUCUGCUGGAUUUCAGCCACUGUUCUAGAGAGAAUGUUGGGUGAAGCAGAGAGUGGAGAGAUCCCCAAGACUCUGACUCAAAUAUACACACACUUCCUCAUUAUGCAGAUAACCAUCAUAAGAGAAAAGUACUCAAAGAAGCGGGAGAGUGAUGAAGAAAUGCUUCUCAAACUCGGACACCUGGCUUUUCAGCAGUUGAUGAAAGGCAACCUGAUCUUCUAUGAGGAACACCUGAGAGAGUGUGGCAUUGAAGUAGAAGAAGCAGCAGUGUACUCAGGUGUGUGUACUCAGAUUUUCAGACCGGAGAUUGGGCUUCACCAGAGUAAAGUGUACUGCUUUGUUCAUCUGAGCGUUCAAGAACACUUUGCAGCUCUGUAUGUGCACCUGAUGUUCAUGAAGGAAAAGAAAAAUAUUCUUCAACAAAGUCAGUCUUCAGAUCUGAAAGAAAUUACAAUUUCAGAUGUCCAUAAGACUGCUGUAGAUCAAGCAUUACAGAGUGAGACUGGACAUCUAGACAUUUUUCUUCGCUUUCUUCUGGGUCUUUCACUUGAGCCCAAUCAGGAUCUCUUAGAUUGCUUUGUAACACAGAUAAAAUGUAACUCAGAGAGCAAAGAGGAAACAGUUCAGUAUAUUAAAAAUCAGAUCAGUAGAGAUCCUGCUGUAGAGAAAUCCAUCAAUCUGUUCCAUUGUCUGAAUGAACUGGGUGAUGAUUCUCUAGUGGAGGAAAUCCAACGCUACCUGAAAUCUGGAAAACAAAGUGAACUCACUUCUUCUCAGUGGUCUGCUCUGGUGUUUGUGUUACUGACAUCAGCACAUGAACUGGAGGAAUUUGACCUGAGUAAAUAUACCACUUCAGACAACGUAUCAGAUUGGGUUCUUUUGAAGAUGAUGCCUGUGAUUGCAGAAUCAAGAAAAGCAAUUAUCAAUUGUCAUACAAUGAAAUGGAGAAGCUGGACAGCUCUUGACUCAGUGCUCAGCUCAAACUCUGACAGCAAAGCCUCUAAUCUGAGAGAACUGCAUCUGAGUGUGGGUACAAUUGAUCUGUCUCAGAAUAAUCUAGGUGACUCAGGAGUAAAGCAUCUCUCUGCUGUACUGAAGGAUCCUCACUGUAAAGUAGAAACACUGAGGUUGUUUAAUUGUGGUGUCUCAGGUGAAGGCUGUGCUGCUCUGGCUUCAGCUCUAAAAUUUAACCCCUCACACCUAAGAGAACUGCACCUGUCUAUUAAUAUACUAGGAGAUUCAGGAGUAAAACAUCUCUGUGCUUUCCUGGAGAAUUCACACUGUAGCCUGGAGAUAUUUGGGUUGUCUUACUGUGAUAUCUCAGAUGAAGGCUGUGCUGCUCUGACCUCAGCUUUCAGAAUAAACCCCUCACACCUGAGACAACUGGAUCUGUCUGGAAAUAAACUAGGAGACAAAGGAGUGAAACAUUUCUCUGAUAUCCUGAAGGAUCCUCACUGUAAACUGGAGAAAUUGAGGAUGUGUGAAUGUGCCAUUUCAGUUGAAGGCUGUGCUGCUCUGGCUUUAGCUCUGAGAUCAAACCCUUCAUACCUGAGAGAACUGAAUUUGUCUAAGAAUCCUAUAGAAGACUCAGGAGUGAAGCAUCUCUCUGCUGUACUGGAGAAUCCUCACUGUAUAGUGGAGAUACUGAGGUUGUUUCAGUGUGAUCUCUCAGGUGAAGGCUGUGAUGCUCUGGCCUCAGCUCUGAUAUCAAACCCCUCACAUCUGAAAGAACUGCAUCUGUCUGAGAAUAAUCUAGGAGACUCAGGAGUGAAGCAUCUCUCUGCUCUACUGGAGAAUCCCCACUGUAAGCUGGAGGCACUGAGGUUGUGUAAGUCUGGUGUCACAGAUGAAGGCUGUGCUGCUCUGGCUUCAGCUCUGAGAUCAAACCCCUCACACCUGAGAGAACUUGUGGGUACAAUUGAUCUGUCUCAGAAUAAUCUAGGUGACUCAGGAGUGAAGCGUCUCUCUGCUGUACUGGAGGAUCCUCACUGUAAAGUAGAAGCACUGAGGUUGUUUAAUUGUGGUGUCUCAGGUGAAGGCUGUGCUGCUCUGGCUUCAGCUCUAAAAUUUAACCCCUCACACCUGAGAGAACUGCACCUGUCUAAUAAUAUACUAGGAGAUUCAGGAGUGAAACAUCUCUGUGCUUUCCUGAAGAAUUUACACUGUAACCUGGAGAUAUUUGGGUUGUGUUACUGUGAUAUCUCAGAUGAAGGCUGUGCUGCUCUGACCUCAGCUCUCAGAUUAAACCCCUCACACCUGAGACAACUGGAUCUGUCUGGAAAUAAACUAGGAGACAAAGGACUGAAACAUUUCUCUGAUAUCCUGAAGGAUCCUCACUGUAAACUGGAGAAAUUGAGGAUGUAUGAAUGUGCCAUUUCAGUUGAAGGCUGUGCUGCUCUGGCUUUAGCUCUGAGAUCAAACCCUUCAUACCUGAGAGAACUGAAUUUGUCUAAGAAUCCUAUAGGAGACUCAGGAGUGAAGCAUCUCUCUGCUGUACUGGAGAAUCCUCACUGUAUAGUGGAGAUACUGAGGUUGUUUCAGUGUGAUCUCUCAGGUGAAGGCUGUGCUGCUCUGGCCUCAGCUCUGAUAUCAAACCCCUCACAUCUGAAAGAACUGCAUCUGUCUGAGAAUAAUCUAGGAGACUCAGGAGUAAAGCAUCUCUCUGCCCUACUGGAGAAUCCCCACUGUAAGCUGGAGGCACUGAGGUUGUGUAAGUCUGGUGUCACAGAUGAAGGCUGUGCUGCUCUGGCUUCAGCUCUGAGAUCAAACCCCUCACACCUGAGAGAACUGCAGCUGGAACAGAAUAAAAUAGACGUCCCAGUGAGGAAUCUGCUCUCUGCUCUACAGAAAGAUAAAGGUUACCAACUACAAGACCUGAGUCUGUAGAGAACAUCUGUGGGUGUGGAGGAGACUCAGCAUGUUCCUGCAUUUUCAUUUGACAUAAGAGCGACAUAAGUGAUGAGAGGAGUCCUGAUUCCACUUGCAGUUAUCAUGAUCAAUCCUCCAAGGUUGUUUCUGGUCAAACCUCGACUCAGAAAACCAACAUGGAGACAAAAUGAACAUGAAAAAUCUCAGAUGUCCUCAUUUUUAUUAUGGUGUUACAUAAAUCCAGAGAUUGUGUGUAUGUUUUUAAACCUUAUAUUAGCUUAAUGUUUAACAUUUACAAAUUUUUGACAAUAUGAAUCCUUUAUUUUUUGUUUGCUACUCAGAAAUUAUUUUUUUAUAUUAUACAGAAUUUUCUACUUCUACAUGUUUAAAAAUCAUAAUAUUUCAACAUAUUACACUGCUAUAUUUUGCUUUUAUGAAAGUGUACACAGCCGAAAUGUGUUAAUGGAGAAGUUGUGUGAGAUAAAUUUCAAUUGUUUUGCUUACUGUUACAUCACUAUGUUAAGUAUUAUAUUUAUUUUAAUAAACUAUAUCA